CAUUAUGUUGUAAAGGAAAUUAUUUUUGUUGUUAUUAAUAGAUUGUUUGUCACCAACAAAUUUGGUUCUGCCCCUUUCUCUUAAACAACCAGUUAAACAUCAAAGUGUCAGUCUUUGAUCUUUGAACACUGCUAUGCAUAAAAGAGGAAGCAGUAUGAAAUGAGGCAUACAACCAAAGUGACACUUUCAGCUUGACCAGGGUACUUUAGUUCUCUUAAAUACAUACAAUAUUUACGUGAUACAUACGUGAGCCUCAAUCAUUAUUAGAAGACUAUAAUAUCAAAUUAACAUCUUAUAAGGUUGUAAGUAAUCUCUUUAAACUUUUAAGAACUUUAGCAAAUUAAUAAUUGCAAUUGUAGAUCUUUUAUCUACUUACGCUACUUAGUGGGGUCAGCAUGAUACAAUAGUUAGUGAUCUGAUCUUCUAAACAGUUUCAUGUUCAAACUUUUCCUUGUUUAUUUCUCUUUUAGAUUAAGUACAGGUGCUACAGAAUGAAGUUCAGGGUUUUGUUUACCCUCUUUCUCCUCACAAUUGCAAAUGGGACAUGUGAAAGAGAGGAUUUUAUUCACCAAAUUCCUUUGCUAGUUGCUGAACUUAGAAGCAGUGUGAUUAUACCCUGCUCUCACUCAGAUGACUUUAUCAAUUCUAUUUCAUGGUAUAAACAAUCUAUCAGCAAGAAACCAAUUCUCAUAGCAUAUUCAGAACAUGUUUCAGGAAGCGUUACAUAUCAAAAUGGCUUUGACAAGACAAAUCGAUACUUUAUCAGAAUUGGAAGUGGCUCUUUUAAUUUGAGCAUCAUUCACUUGGAGGAAUAUGAUUUUGCAAACUACUAUUGUGCUGUGAGGUUCUUGAACAUUAUUAGAUUUGGAGAAGGGACGAUUCUGCUGCCUAAAGAAAGGGACAGAAUGAGAAGCACCAGUGUUCUCCAGCAGCCUGUGUUUCACAGACUUCAUCCAGGAGACUCAGUGACUCUGCAGUGUUCGGUCAUCGGUGAGAUCUGUGCCGGAGAAUACAGCGUCUACUGGUUCAGACAUUCAUCAGGAUAUUCUCAUCCAGGAAUCAUUUACACCUAUGAUAACAGGAGUGAUCAAUGUAUGGAGAGAUCAGAGAACAGCUCUUCUACCCAGAGCUGUGUCUACAGUCUCCCUCAGACUGAACUCAAACCAUCUGAUGCUGGGAUUUAUUACUGUGCUGUGGCCACAUGUGGGAAGAUACACUUUGGAAAUGGAACUAAGUUGACUAUUGAAGCAUCUUCGACCUUUUGGAAUCCAGUAGUUUUAACCCUGUUCACAAUAAGCGUAAUAUCCAUAAUUGUGAACAUAAUUCUGGUGAGACUGAUACAAAAGAAGCUCAAAAAAGAUGCUUCAAAACAAACCAGAAAUCAAAGGAAUCAGGUUGAGGAAACAGAAGCCCUAAAUUAUGUAGCCCUGAGUUUUUCUAAAAAGCCUGCCACCUCAAAAAGAUCUGCAGUGAAAACCAGCCAAAAAGAAACUGUUUAUUCACAUAUCACAAAGCACUAGUUAAGAUAAUUACUAA